AUGGCCUCUCAGGGCGACAAGUCGGUCUUCGGCAUGCCCGGAUUCGUGGUUGACUUCAUGAUGGGUGGUGUCUCCGCUGCCGUCUCCAAGACUGCUGCUGCCCCUAUCGAGCGUAUCAAGCUCCUUGUCCAGAACCAGGAUGAGAUGAUCCGUGCUGGCCGUCUCGACCGCAAGUACAACGGCAUCGUCGACUGCUUCCGUCGUACCGCUGCCGCUGAGGGUGUUAUGUCUCUGUGGAGAGGUAACACCGCCAACGUCAUCCGUUACUUCCCCACCCAGGCUCUGAACUUCGCCUUCCGUGACACCUACAAGGCUAUGUUCGCCUACAAGAAGGAGCGUGAUGGAUACGCCAAGUGGAUGAUGGGUAACCUUGCCUCCGGUGGUGCUGCUGGUGCCACUUCCCUCCUCUUCGUCUACUCCCUCGACUACGCCCGUACCCGUCUUGCCAACGACGCCAAGUCCGCCAAGGGCACUGGUGAGCGCCAGUUCAACGGUCUCGUUGAUGUCUACCGUAAGACCCUCGCCUCCGACGGUAUUGCCGGUCUCUACCGUGGUUUCGGUCCCUCCGUUCUUGGUAUUGUUGUCUACCGUGGUCUGUACUUCGGCAUGUACGAUUCCAUCAAGCCCGUUGUCCUGGUUGGCUCUCUUGAGGGCAGCUUCCUCGCUUCUUUCCUGCUCGGCUGGACUGUCACCACUGGUGCUGGUAUUGCUUCUUACCCUCUUGACACCAUCCGUCGUCGUAUGAUGAUGACCUCCGGUGAGGCCGUCAAGUACAAGUCUUCCAUGGAUGCCGCCCGCCAGAUCAUUGCCCGUGAGGGUGUCAAGUCUCUCUUCAAGGGUGCUGGCGCUAACAUCCUCCGUGGUGUUGCUGGUGCUGGUGUGCUGUCCAUCUACGACCAGGUUCAGCUCAUCCUCUUCGGCAAGAAGUUCAAGGGUGGCUCUGGCUAA